AUGCACUUCCAGUGCUUCGAUUUCUACAGAAAACGUUGCGGCCUUUUUGAUGACAUGAAGCGGAACAGUCGAACUUACAUUCUGACUGGAGGCCAGUGUGUCGAGGAGGUUUUCCGCACAGGCUUGCCAAGGCCGCCAGCAACACUCUGCCAGACAGGUUUUGUCUGCAAGUGCAGUCAAAUCAGCGAAGAAGAGAUCAGUCGGAUCAGUGUACAUCUCCUGCUGCUGCUGCUGUUGCUGCCGUUUGCUAGUUUUACGCGGUUUGAGCAGAAGUGUGAGGUUUUUGUCACCGCCAACGUUCGGCAGAAUCCUGCUCUGACAAAUGGACUGAAUGAUCGCCAAGUGCUGUGA